AUGGUCCAACUAACAAAGUUUGUGCCACUCGCCCUUCUUACCGGGUCCAUCUCCGCCUUUCCACUGAAUCAAGUCAACUGUCCCGAUGGGCUGUGCCAGGUGACGAGGGCAUCGAUCGGCCCUGCACAAGUUGCGCAAGAACUGGGGCCUCUCCUUUCCGAGGACGCGAGCAUCUUCGGCCCGGACGAUGGACGCUGGGACGCGGCCGACGCCAACUGGAACGAGUACGGGGCGCCGCAUUUUACCGUCGUCGUGGUCGCUGGGCAGGAAGCUGAUGUUCCGAUUAUUAUCCAAUACGCCAACCGCAACGGUAUCAACUUCUACGCCCGCAACCGCGGCCACGCCGUCACGGAGAGCCGGGGCAAGUUCCACGGGUUGCAGAUCAACAUGCAGCAAUUGCGCGGAUGGACGCUCAGCGACGACCGCACAUACGCGACUAUCCAGGGAGGCGCCUACGGGCAGGAAUUCAUCGAUCAGCUCUGGGAGCACAAUCUCACAGCCACCACCGGAAGCUGCUCCUGCGUGGGCCUGCUGGGCCCCGGCCUCGGCGGCGGCUGGGGCAAAUGGCAGGGCCACCACGGGCUCAUCAGCGACAACAUCCGGAGCCUCAACGUCGUGCUGGCCGAUGGUCGCGCCAUCACCGUCAACGCGACCUCGUACCCAGACCUGUUCUGGGGCAUGCGUGGGGCGGGCCACAACUUUGGCGUCGUGACCUCCUUCGACAUGAACGUUUACCCGCCCAUCUACGAAACCUGGUACCAAAAGAACUACGUCUUCACGUCAGACAAGCUCGAGCCCCUCUUUGAGGCGCUGAACGUGCUCAACGACAACGGGAACCAGCCGCUGCAGAUGGCCGAGCAGUCCGGGACGUACGCGCUAGAUCCGACGAUUGAUGCGACGCAGGCGACGAUCCGCUGGCAGUUUUCGUGGGCGGGACCGCAGGAGGAGGCGGAGCCGUACCUUGCGCCGUUUGAUGCGUUGGGUCCCGUCUUUGUCGAGGAGUUGACGGUGCCGUAUCCGCGGGUGGCAGAGGCUGCGGGCAGCUCGGUGGGCCAGCAGCUGUGCGAUGAGGGCGUUACGCGCGCUGUGGCCCCCGCGACGUUGCUGAGGUACAAUCUCACCACGCAGCGCGAGAUCUUUGAGAUCUUCAACGAGAGAAUCUUUGUGCAUCCCGCGCUGAAUUACUCGUUUGUGGUCAUGGAGGCGUACUCCCUGGAUGCCGUGAGGGCAGUCGAUGCAGCCGAGUCUGCGUAUCCCUGGCGCGAUGAGAACCUGUACCUCCAAACAACAAUCAGCUACCCCAAGGGGGACGAAGACCUCUACGCCGACUUUGCGAUUGACUGGGUGACGCAGAACCAGCGGCUCUUCAACGCGGGCCAGCCCGGUCGUCAGCCUGUCUCGUACGUCAACUAUGGCUCCGGACGUGAGUCGGUCGAGGCGACGUACGGGUAUGAGCCGUGGCGCUUGGAGAGGCUACGCGGGUUAAAGGCCAAAUACGAUCCCGAGAACAAGUUUGCGUAUUUUGGGCCGAUUAUUCCGCCCAACUGAGCUGCUCUCAUUGACAUGUGUUGGGGAUCAACUAUGAAGGGCAGGGGGUGUAGGGGUAGAAUGAAAGGGAUGUAACUAGGGACAAUGCCAUCUGUCGAGGCCCCCAGAU